UUCGGUGGGAUGGGAUUUAGAGACAUGAAUUAAGCCCUUCUUGCACGCCAAGCAGGGAGGUUAUUGAUCACGCCGGAUAGCUUGUGUGCAAGGGUGAUGAAAGUUGGGUCAGGGCUCUAUUAGAUCAGACACAACCCUAGAAAGGAAUCGUGUAUGGCUGGAGCUUUUACAGAAAUGUCUUAUUUGGCACUUGGGAAACAGUCAAAGUAUUAAAAUUUAGAGGCAUAGUUGGGUGCCCCAUGAGGGGGAGUUUACACACAUCCGAAAAAAAGGAAUUGGGACCAAACAACCUUCAUGUGGAACUGUGGAAUCAAGUUGAAAAGGCUUGGAAUGAACGGUUAGUCCGAUAUCUGAUGUAGCCGGAGGAUGCUGAUGUUGUCCUUAAAAUUAAAAUACCUCAAUGGGAGGUGGAGGAUUAUCCGGCGUGGCACUUUGAGAAAAAUGGGAUGCUUACGGUGAAAAGUGCUUACAAUCUAACAUGUCAGUUCUCAGAUUUAAGCAAAAGAGAGCAAUAAGCUAGCACGGCGGUUGAUGGAGAACGGGUGAUUUGGAAAGCUCUGUGGAACAUGACAGUCCAACCAAAAGUGAGAGUAUUUGCGUGGAGAUUAGCACACGAGUCUCUGCUCACAAUGAUGUGUAAAUGGAGAAGAAACUUGGGGAUUAGCAGUGUAUGCCGAUUAUGUGGCCAAGGUAGAAGGGAUGGUUACCAUGUUGUGGUAGCCUGCAUAAAAGUUAGAGCUUUAGUGUUGGAGAUGCAUAAGCAUUGGGCUUUGCCGUUAGGGAGGAAGCACGGGGCAGACUGGCUGCUUGUUCUACUCAAUUCUGUGGAUGAACGGAUGAAGGCCAACCUACUUCUCAUUUUUUGGAGAAGCUGGCAUCUGAGAAACGAUGUCAUUCAUAAUAAGGGGAAAACUACCAUUGUUGAUUCAAUAGCGGAAUAGCCUUUCUGAGGAGUUACAACGAAGCUGAGAAUUUGAGGCGGUUUCAUAUUCAUGACAUCAACGGAAAGGGUCCCCUAGUGGAUAUACACACAGGCCAACAGAAUUGAAUAGAGAGCUAGAAAAUUGGAUACCUCCCCCAGAAGGGUGGGCCAAAGUGAAUGUGGAUGGAGCCUUCAUUAAGGAAGUUGGAGGAACUAGUAUUGGCAUUGUUAUAAGACAUAGAAAUGGACUAUUGCUUUACUCGACACAUAGACAACUUCUGGCGUGCAGUUCAGCCACAGAGGUAGAAGUUGUAGCAUGUUUGGAUGGAAUUCGGGUUGGUGCAGAUAGAAUUCAAAUGUCAAUUAUUCUUGAAUCGGAUAGUGCUGAGGUUACACAUAGUGUUUCAUCUUCCAUAUCAUCUGAUGCAUACUGGUAUCCGUUGAUUCAAGAAGCUAGAAGUGUCUUUAGUAGAUUGAUUGAGCUGCAGUGGCAUGAGGUACAGACAGGAGGAAAAAGAGUUGCACAUGAGCUCGUCCAAAUGGGAAUGAAAUCUGAACAACUUGUGGAGUGGGUUCUUCAUGGCCUUCCUGCAAUUCUGAAUUUCAUUAAUCAAGAAUGUAUUAUCUUUGAUGAUAUUUGAUAAAAUCCUCUUUUUACUCUAAAAACAAAAUAGUGUGAUAAUGCAUCACGUUGAUACUGCAAUGUGAAAUCGAAUAGAAUAAUAUGGAGUCGUCAUUAAAACUAUUAGAAAAGUCAAUUUGGUCAUCUGCUUUGAAAAAACACAAUUGAACCCCUGAACAUAAAAGACAUUCAAUUAAACUUUUUACCAGGUAAACAGUUAUUGUCGCAGAGCUCGGUAGGACAAUUCAUCUGUAAUUUCUAAUGAGUUCUAGAGCAUAUUAUUAGAGUUCUU